UUACAAGUUAAGGUUGUCACUUGUGGCAAGUUCCAUUUGCAUCAAUUGCCUCACUCAUCUCCGACUCCACCGGCGCCUCGAACUCCACGCCCCAACACGCACCCAUACAAUUCGGUGCCAAUUUUCUCUAUCUAAUCUAUCUUUUCCGUUCUGUUUGGCAAAGAGGAAAAAUGGCCAAGUCUUCUUCAGAUUCUGGCGCACACAAGCCCAUGAGCCUGGACCUUCUUCCAUCAGCACUAUUGGCCACUGUGAUGACAAAGCUGGACAUAGCUUCCAUUCGUUCCCUGGCAUGCACUUGCAAGGCCUUUCAUUCAUGUGCCUCACACAUGCUUUGCUUCAUUUCUAGUUUUCAUCUCCUUGAUGUUGCUCCACCUGCUGAAUAUAUAAGGCCGUUGCUACCUCCCAAUCCUUACCUUCGUAGCUUGAAGGUAGAUUGCAUGCGACUUGAUGAUUCAUCCCUUGAUUGUCUUCUUCAGCCGAAUUUACAAGAGCUUUGCCUUCAUAACUGCGCUGAUUUCAGUGGAAGACUUCUCUCUCAGGUCGGCCACUACUGUAAAGACCUCAGGUUUCUUUAUUUGAGCUCUUUGGCGGAGAAGAGAGGCAGAUCAAUCGAUGUAUCUGAUCUAGAGGUCUUAUUUGGCGGAUGCACUCAGCUGGAAACACUGAUCCUGAUGUUUGAUGUCUCAAUGUUUUUGCGGCACAAUUUUGCUCGUGUUUGGUCUAUAGCCCCUGCGACACUGGUAUCUCUUGAAAUGGGCUACAUUUCUUCGGUAAUGGUGACAGAAUUGCUUAGCCCGCCUGUGCUACCUUAUCAGUCAAUUGAGCAUAUUCGGCCAUCCAUAUUACCAGGAGUACAGAAGUUAUGCCUUUCAGUGGAUUAUAUUACAGACACCAUGAUCAGCACAAUAACUAACAAUAUCAACUGUUUGACACAUUUGGACCUUCGAGACUCGCCUAUUAUGGAACCAAGGUUGGCAUUUGAUCUUACCAAUGCAGGUAUACAACAAAUUAAUCUGCACGGGAGAUUGAAACAUUUGUCGUUGGUGAGAAGUCAAGAGAUUUUCCCAGCUUACUUCAAGCGAGUUAAUGAUCUCGGUAUUCUUCUUAUGGCUGAUAGAUGCUCUGACAUGGAAAGUAUUUGUCUUGGUGGGUUUUGUCAGGUUACAGACACAGGUUUUAGAACAAUUUUGCAUUCAUGUUCGAAAAUUUUCAAGCUGAGGAUCUAUCAUGGACCCCACUUGACUGAUCUUGUAUUUCAUGACAUUGCUGCAACUUCACUUACUUUGACACAUGUCAGUUUAAGGUGGUGUAAUCUAUUAACAAACCAUGGCGUUGCACGAUUGGUUUCCAAUGGAAAUCUUAGUGUUCUUGACUUGAGGGACUGUAGGAAUAUUGGAGAUGAAGCCCUUCAAACCAUAAGCAACCUUUCUGAAUUGAAGGCUUUACUGAUAGAUGGUUCUGAUAUUAGUGAUAUGGGAUUGUCCCAUUUAUCAAAAGGAGCAAUGCGUUCACUGGUAUCAUUGUCCAUACGAGGGUGCAAGAGACUAACUGACAAUUGUAUUUCCUUUCUCUUUGAUGAAUCUUCUAAUUGUGAAUUGAGAGAAUUGGACUUGUCAAACAUUCCAAACCUGUCUGAUGCUGGUAUACUUUUGCUUGCAAAAAGACGUAUUCCACUACUUGAGCUUAGAAUGCGUCAAUGUCCGUUGAUAAGUGAUACUUCAAUUAUGGUGUUAGCAUCAAUGAAGGUUGAUGAAGAAGGAUGGUAUGGGAGCAGUUUACGGCUGUUGGAUCUUUAUAAUUGUGGAGGUAUAACUCAGCUUUCAUUCCAAUGGUUAAAGAAACCUUAUUUCCCUAGAUUGAGAUGGUUAGGAGUAUCUAGUAGUGUCAGCAGGGAUGUGCUGGACACUUUAUCCAGGAAUAGACCGUUUCUGCAUAUAGCUUUUCAUGGGGAGGAGCUGGGAAUGACUGGCCAAUGGGAUAAUUCAGAUGAUCUCUAUAUGCAUGACUAUGAUGAAGUUGAUGAGUUGGAACAAUGGCUUGAAGGAGAAAAUGAGGGAGAUGAUGAAGACAUUCAAGAAGCAGAAAACAACGCAGAGUGAAUGACUGUAAGAUGGCAACUUAUUUAUAUAAAUGUGUUGUAAAUCUAACUGUGUUCUAGUUUUGUAUAAAUUGUUAUGAUUUUCAUCCCUACUUAGCUUUACUGUUGUAAUAUUGUAUGGCAAAUCGUGAUUCCUGAGUGUUUUAUAGGUUGCCAUAAUUUGCCUGUUAUGUAUAUGGCUUGGGCUACCCUUGUAACAAUCAGUUUUACAAGCUGAAUGUGUUUGUUGGUGUAUAUCAGUUCGAAUGGUUGGUUCAAUUGUUCAAAUAAAAGCUUUGAUGUGGGAUUUAGCUGAA